AUGCUGGACCGGUCAAUUCGGGAGCUGGACCGUGAGCGAGCGCAGCUGCAGCAGCAGGAGAAGAAGCUCGUUGCUGACAUUAAGAAGUCGGCAAAGCAAGGACAGAUGGGUGCAGUGCGGGUGAUGGCCAAGGAUCUGAUCCGCACGCGGCAUCAGAUCACCAAGUUCUACGGGCUCAAGUCCCAGCUGCAGGGCGUGUCCCUGCGGAUACAGACGCUCAAGUCCACCCAGGCUAUGGCAGACGCGAUGAAGGGGGUGACCAAGGCCAUGCGAUCCAUGAACAAGCAGCUCAACCUGCCGGCCAUGCAGAAGGUGAUGCGGGAGUUUGAGAUGGCGAAUGAGCGCAUGGAGAUGACGUCAGAGAUGAUGGGCGACGCCAUAGACGAUGCCAUGGAGGGCGAUGAGGAGGAGGAGGAGACGGAGGAGCUGAUCAAUGAGGUGCUGGAUGAGAUCGGCAUCGACAUCAACCAGCAGCUCAUGAAUGCGCCAACACCAGCAGCGCCCCAGGCACAGACAACAGGCAAGGUGGCACAGGGUGAUGCAGUGGGCGCUGGUGGGGGCGGCGGAGGGGGAGGGGGAGGAGGGGGGAUGGGUCGUGGUAGUAGCAGCGGUGGUGAUGGUGGCGGUGGUGGUGGUGGUGGUGGUGGAGGGGGUGGGGGUGGCGGUAUGCCCAGUGCCCCAUCAGCAGCCCCGUCGGUUGGGGGUGCGUCGGAUGAUUCCGGGAUUGACAGUGACUUGCAGGCGCGGCUAGACAACUUGAGGCGGUUGUGA